GUCAGUUCUUGCAGGCUGUUUAAAAAAGCAGCACAACUUUAAAGGAACUUCACUUCUCUAUACAUCAUCUGCUCGAAAGACUUGAAGAAAAUUUCUCACUCCUACUGACACACAAAGAUGACUGCAGCUCUGACUCUGCUUCUCAUUGGCUGGCCGCUACAACGUGCCUUGUGUGGACAGUUUGAGGUCACUGUGCCGCAGACUAUAGAGGUUCUGAGAGGAUCCUGUGUGACCAUCCCCUGCUCUUUUGAUGUAGAGAACAACUAUGAAUCAAACUUGGAUAACACAUGUAAAGCAUUAUGGAAAAUUACACUAGAAACUGUUGUGUUUGAUAGCAGUACUCCACAACAAAAUAAAAUAAAAGGAAUGACAGGAGACUUGACAAAAAAAGACUGCACCACAACUCUGAAUAACAUGCAACCUGAACACAGCAAGAAAUAUUUCUUCAGAGUGCAAUGCAACAACGCCCUGAAACAUAAUUUUCCUGACCAAAAAUUGGAAAUUUCUGUCAAAGAUGGUCCUCCCAGACCGACUCUGACUCCGUCCACACUGAAGGUGAAGGAGGGAACCUCAGUGAAAUUGACGUGUUCUGCUCCAGCUCCCUGUCUGUCUCAUCCUCCAGCUCUGACAUGGACCCCCAGCCUUGGUGACAUUCAUGAGACACUGCAGGAGAAUCAGGACAAAACUAAAUUCAAGACCUCUGUUCUGACCUUCACUGCCUCUCACCUCCAUCACAGACAAGAAAUCUCCUGUACCGCUGUAUACAACAAACAAGAUGGCAGCACUGAGUCAUCUGUUACCACAAGAUUAACAGCUGAUAUUUUAUUUGCUCCACAGAUCCUGCCCUCAACUGAUUGCACCAACACUACAGGCCAUCUUAACUGUUCCUGUGAGAGUAUGGGAAACCCCUCUCCCACUUUACAGUGGCAUUUGGAUGGGUUUCCAGUCAAUAACUCUGACAAGUUUGCAAUCAGCAGUGAGACUCUAAACGACACUGGUCUGAAGAGCUUCAUCACUUGGAGUCGACCACAGUGGAGGGAUUUUUCCCCCUUGCUCUGCCAGAGCUCCAACUCUCUGGGAUCUGCACGAUUUUAUGCCUACAUUUUUCAGCCUCAAACAUCUGCAGAAAGAUAUGACUUAAUGACGUUGGCAGUCUUCAUCACAAUUGUUGUUGCACUACUGGUAGUAGUGUGCGCGCUGCUGUUAGUUAUCAGGGCUCAGAAGACUCGCCAUUGCCUCCUUAAGAGCAAAGUUGCUAUGAACCUAGGCGUAACAAAUGGAGAGGGAAAAGAGGUACCAAAAGCAACAGAGGAGGACAUUUAUGUCAACACUGCUGAUAUCUUGAAGUAGAGCAGUCGUCUGGUAAUCUGAAGGUUCCUGCUUCAAUCAACGGCUCCUCCUGAGAGAGUGUUGAAGUGUCUUUGAGCAAGAUGCUGAACCCAGCUGCUGGUUGGCACCUUCGAUAGAUAAAGUGGAGCCUAGAAAUGGGAAGAAGGAAGUGGAAUGUGAAUAUACCCUGGUUAUAUUUUAAAACGAGCGCUAUGCACAAUUAGAUCACAGCUUUAUUUGGGAAUUUAUUUUCAGAAUAUCUUGCUCUCUUGUUUGUUUAUCUUCUUUUUUGUUGUUGCUUUUAAUCCAGCUAUAUCACAGAUAUUUAGAUCAACAGAAGCACGUUUUUGUUUUCAAGGCCACAGGAUUUUUAAGACCUUGACAGAUUUAUUGUUGAAGAAUGUUGUUUUGUGCAUAAGUGCAUAAUAUACUGUAUUUUCAUGUUUAUUUCUGCUGUUUUACAUUAAUUUGGCAGUGUGACUUAAUUGUUAAAUUCUUAUUUUUAACAUUUACUUUUUGCUAAAACUGAACUGCUCUAGAUGUAUAAACAUGAAAAUAA